AUGGAUUCCUCCCUCUUCAAGUCUCUCGUCGAGGUCGAGUCUCGUGAGGCCUCGGCCGCCGCUGCCUCGCCCAGCGACGGUUUCCCCCCUCCACCCCAGAAGGCUGUCCAACGAACAUACCCUGGUGCCCCUCACCGGGGUGACGAGUCCAUCGAGCUUCAGAGGCUUCACACCGAGCAUGGUGCCAGCCGGCCGUCGUCUCGCCCGGGGACACCACCCUCCUCACCACCGGGCGGGAGCGAUCUCGAGAUGAGCCGCCCUGGCAGUCCGUCUCAAGAUGCGACUGACAUUGCCGAGCCCCUUCAAAGCAUGUGGGAUCCCUACAUGAACCGCUGGCGGCUUCUGACUGCCUGUCUGAUGAACCUGGGUAACGGUCUCAAUGACAGUGCCCCGGGCGCCCUGAUCCCCUACAUGGAGAAGCACUACAACAUCGGAUACGCCGUCGUGUCGCUCAUUUUCGUGGGCAAUGCCUUGGGCUUCAUCUUUGCCGCUGUAUUCUUGGACGCUCUGCGCGCACGCAUGUCCCGCGCACACCUCCUCGUAUUCGGCCAGGCCAUCCUCCUGGCGGCGUACAUUCCUCUCAUCGUCGGGGCCCCCUUCCCGGCCAUCAUUGUCGGCUUCUUCUUCCUGGGCUUCGCCAUGUCCAUCAACCUGGCCAUGAACAACAUCUUCUGCGGCUCCCUGCAAAACGCAACGACGGCUCUCGGUGCAUGCACGGCAGCUACGGCAUCGGCGGUACGGUCGGCCCCAUCAUCGCGACGGCCAUUGCGACGUCCGGGAACCCGUGCCGCUGACGCUGCAGCCGACGCUCUCGGCGGCGGCACUGGCCGCAACUCGCAGUUCCUCUCCAUGUUCUACGCGCUGCGCAUGCGGCUCGUGCUGCUGGGCGCGCUCUUCAUCUUUGCCUACCAGGGCGCCGAGGUGUCCAUCUCGGGUUGGGUCAUCUCGUUCCUCAUCGCGACGCGCGACGUCGGCGACCCAGGCGCCGUCGGCUACGUCACGGCCGGCUUCUGGGCCGGCAUCACGCUCGGCCGCUUCUUGCUGAGCGCGCCGGCGCAGCGCAUCGGCGAGAAGCGCUUCGUCUACAUUGUCACGGCCGGCGCUGCCUGCUUCCAGCUGCUCGUGUGGCAGGUGCCGAACCUCGUCGGCGCCGCCACGUCGCUCGCCAUCGUCGGCUUGCUGCUGGGGCCCAUCUACCCCUGCGCCGCCGCCGUCUUCAUGCGCGGCAUGAGCGGCAAGCACCGCGCCAGCGGCAUGGUCGUCAUCUCGGCCUUUGGCAGCAGUGGCGGCGCCGUCGCCCCCUUCACCACCGGUCUGCUGGCCCAGGCCUUCGGGACCUGGGUGCUGCACCCCAUUGCGCUGGGGCUGUUCGUGUGCAUGACGGCCUGCUGGUUCUGGCUGCCGACGCAGAGGAAGCGUAAUGAGUAG